AUGCCGACCUCUCUUCAUCCGCAAGCCAAGUUCGAUCCUAUUCCACCGGAUCUAGAUCUGUACAGCUUGGUCGACAGGACCCCCAACUUCAAGUGGGUUCAGCGAGUCUCGAGGUCCCAGAUUCGCAACCUUGGGCAACAGGAGUUCGAGAAGCUCGUUCUGAUCCACGUCAUCGUUGGUGGGAAGCCUUUGGUUAUCGAUGGAUGGGACCAAGUUCUCCCAAAGUGGCUUUUUGAUGCCGGCUGGUUCGAGAAGACGUAUGACAAGAAGCAGGAAAAUGUUCGAGAUAUCACGGCUGGUAGCGACAUUCCCAUGACAACUGGACAUUAUCUACGAUCAAUGAGACAACUCACGAACCAAUGGACACCGAGCAACUUCCGCGACGACCGCCGCCAACGCCUCUACCUCAAGGAUAUAGACUGCCCUGUUGAAUGGCACGAUGCGCUACAGAAAGUCAUCCACCCGAAUCUUUUCUACCUGAACGAGAAUUCAAGCGAAGCCGGAGGAGUGCGACAGCAAACAGAUGACGACGUCUUUCGCGAUGACGCAGCCGCAGCUUCUGCUGGCGAUCUGAUGUCCAGCUUGCCCGAGGAGAUGCGCGCUCAGAAUCUUAUGUGUUAUGUCGGUCAUGAAGGCACCUAUACCCCGGCGCAUCGUGAAAUGUGUGCCUCCCUAGGCCAAAACAUCAUGGUGGAAGCGUCAGGCGAUGAGGGGGGUGAGAAACCCGGCAGCUCCAUUUGGUUCAUGACCGAAAGCAAGGAUCGCGAGGUUGUUCGCGAGUACUUUCUCUCCAUGCUGGGACAUGACAUCGAGAUCGAGAAGCACUUUGCUCAGAUCAAUGCGUGGAAGAAGGCCCCCUUUGACGUCUACGUUGUCGAGCAGAGAGUUGGAGACUUUAUCCUCAUCCCACCCCUGGCCGCACACCAAGUUUGGAACCGAGGUACAAGAACGAUGAAGGUCGCUUGGAAUCGAACAACAGCCGAAACCCUCGAGCUUGCUCUGCACGAAGCACUGCCCAAGGCACGACUGGUCUGCCGCGAUGAGCAGUACAAGAACAAGGCCAUGAUUUACUUUACUCUAGAGAAAUACUACCGCCAACUUCAGCAUCUGGACGAGAACGCAGAGAUGACCCAGAUGAGCUUCAUGGGACUUGGUCAGGAUAUUGUCCGAAACUCGCCUCGAGCAAAGCAGCUCGCCGGCGACUUCAAGAAGCUCUUUGGUCUUUUUACCGAAAUCCUUUUGGACGAAAUGUUUGCAUUCAAGGAAAAGGAAGUAGAGCUUAUUGAGUUCGACUCCUGCAUCACCUGCUCUUAUUGCCGAUCUAACAUCUUCAACCGAUUUUUGACAUGCAAGCACUGCACUCGCAUGCUGAUCAAUGGCGAUGAAGAUGCAUAUGAUGUCUGCAUGGAAUGUUACGCUAUGGGACGAUCAUGCGCAUGUCUCUCUGGCCUGCAAUGGUGCGAGCAAUGGUCCUGGUCCGAUCUUGCCGAUAAUUACGAAACCUGGCGAUCCAUGGUCAUCAAGAAUGAUGGCUAUGUCGACUUUGAGUUUUCUCCACAGCCCCUUGAGAUCGCGCGGCAGCGAGCUGGCAAAAAAGCCGUAGCACAAAUAUGCCAGGAGGCUCUUCGACGACGGCCCUGGAAGGAUAUCACCAAGCCAGAGCGCGAAAACACCCCGAGCGAGUCAGAACCGGAAGGCGAAGACAAGCCCAAGAAGAAGUACAAGCGAAAGAAGAAGAAGGGUGAGCUUCGGAGGUGCCAUGUAUGUUGUCACAAGGAUUACGCCUACCGAGUGCACCAGUGUACAAACCCAGGGUGCACUGAAGCAUAUUGCUACGGCGUUCUCUAUCGAGCCUUUGAUAUGAUGCCUCAGAAAGUGCUCGAAGAUGAACAAUGGCAAUGCCCCAAGUGUCUCGGCAUCUGCAACUGCGGCGCUUGUCGACGAGGAGGAAACACGGAUCCUUACACGCCAAAGAACACCCUACUGGGGCAUGAUACCCGCCCCAUCGCCGAUGAUCGGAGUGUGGAGGCGCUUGUGGACUUCCGAGUACACAAUCUAUCAUGGCUCAAGGCGGCAGGAGAAGAGAGCCGCAGCAAGGACAGCAAUCGGAUGAAGAGGUUGAGAGAGCAGGCAGAUAAUGCCAAGGCACAAGACAUCACCGACCAGGCCAUGCAGGAUGAUACUACAGGCCUUGAUACAUCCGGCAUGAACGGAUACGGGGAUCAAACUAACGAGCCUAUGGUCACGAUGGAUAUGCCACAGGAAGAAGAUCCGGAUACAUCACUUUAUCCCGAUCCUUCUGUGGUGGCUCGGCAACGCAUCGGCAUGGGAUACUACGAACAGGAUGACACGCCAGACAAGAUUCUCUUUGACCCUUUUCAGGCGCCUUCUGAAGAGGCCAUGCGACCUUCUGAGCCGGACAUCCCCGAAUUUGUCAAGAAGUCCAUUCGCGCCGCCAAGAGGAAGGCCAAACGAGAGAAUGAGGAUCCAGAUUUUGUGGUUGGCAAAAGUCAUCACAAGAAGCUUCGACCUGUGGCUGAGGCGGAUCCUCUGGACAACAUGGAUCCUGCAUUGUUCGGUGGACCAACUGCCCCUGAGGCGGUCAUGCAUGAACCAGGUCAAACUGACCAGAGCCAAACCGAACCACAGAGCGAAGGAACUGCAGAACCAGGCCAAGAAGAUCAGUCCGAGCCACCACCUAGGAGGAUGACGAUGCCUCGGUUCGACGCCAAUGAGCCUUUACUUCGGCACGCCAAGCCCAUAGCGUCCUACGUGGAGGAGGAAGAAACUAUGGACGUCGAGGCCAACAGCGAUGAGGAGCAUGAGAGGAUGAUCGGUGAGCUGGCCACCGACACCCCAGAGGUCGUGCCAGAGGUCGUGCCAGAACCUACCCAGCCGCGACGACGAGGAAGACCUAGGAAGUCGGGUGUUGCUGAGCCAGAGCCAGAGCCAGAGCCGACAACUACCGCUCCUAAUUCGAGCGGUACGCAAUUCUUAUCCAUGGCCGAGCGCAUGGCGCUCAAGGGGAAGAAGUUCAAGAUUGGUAAACGCAAGGGUCGCCCAAGUUCUGGCGGUACAACUGCUUCCCCGUCUGUUUCCGCAACCCCUGGCACACGCUCUAAGGCCACGCCGGACGUUGUGGAUGAGGUGAUGGAAGACGUGGUGGACGAGGUAGUAGACGAGGUGGUGGACGAGCCGGAGCAGGCACAGCAGUCGACAGCGGAAUCUGCCCACUUCGAUGCCGGCUCUGAGGAUGAUUACGGGGGAGGAGCAUCGCCUUCCGUGGCAUCUUCAGUCCAUGAUAGUCCACGCAGUCCCUCGCCACCGCUCUCACUAAAGCCACCUAGCCAACCGACCGUUGUCAGAAUUGGUGAAUCGGACUCAGAGGAGGAACAAAGUCUGAGGAGCAGCUCGGACUUCGGUUCAGAGAGCGAUGGUGAUAUCCCAGCUAGAGGCCGGGGUUCUGGUCGUGGGGGUCGUGGGCGCGGACGUGGUCGUGGUCGAGGUAGGGGAAGAGGACGAGGUAGGGGAAGAGGACGAGGCAGGGGGCGAGGGUUUUAG